AUGAAGAUCAAGGCCAUCAGCCGAUCCGUAUCGGCCCACCAGCCUCCCGGCACCGACACCGUCAAGCAGCCCCGAAACCUCGACUCGGCCGUCCACCCCUUUGAGCGCGCGCGCGAGUACAAACGAGCCCUCAACGCCGUCAAGCUGGAGCGCAUGCACGCCGCGCCCUUCAUCGGCCAGAUGGGCAGGGGCCACGUCGACGGCGUCUACUCGCUGGCAAAGGACCCCAACUCGCUCGAGCGCUUCGCCAGCGGCAGCGGCGACGGCGUCGUCAAGGUCUGGGAUCUGGCCUCUAGAGAAGAAGUCUGGCACACGACGGCGCACGAGAACAUCGUCAAGGGCCUCGAGUGGACGCGGGACCAGAAGCUGCUGACGUGCGCCGCCGACCGCACCGUCAAGCUCUACGACCCGUACAACACCGCCGGCGACUCGGCCGCCCCGAUCUCGUCGUGGCUCGGCGCCGGCGCCUUCACCAGCCUAUCGCACCACCGCUCGCGCAAUGCCUUUGCCGUGGCGUCGAGCGUCAUCUCCGUCUACGACCUGGAGCGGCACACGGCCGCGCCCGAGGUGCUGCACUGGCCGACGUCGACCGACACAAUCACAGACGUCACCUUCAACUACGUCGAGACGUCCGUCCUCGCCUCGUGCUCCAACGACCGCUCCAUCGUCGUCUACGACCUGCGCACCUCGGCCGCCGUCGCAAAGUCGGUCCUCACUUUCGCCUGCAACCGCGUCUCCUGGUCGCCCAUGGAGGCCUUCAACUUCGCCGCCGCCUCCGAGGACCACAACAUCUACCUCUUCGACAUGCGCAAGAUGGACCGCGCCCGCAACGUCCUCAAGGGCCACGUCGCCGCCGUCAUGGACGUCGAGUUCUCCCCCACCGGCGAGGAGCUCGUCUCCGCCUCCUGGGACCGCACCGUCCGCCUCUGGAACCGCGACCGCGGCCACUCCCGCGACAUGUACCACACAAAGCGCAUGCAGCGCGUCCUCUCCGCCAAAUGGACCCCCGACGCAAAGUACCUCCUCUCCGGCUCCGACGACGGCAACAUCCGCCUCUGGCGCGCAAACGCCUCCCAGCGACAGGGCGUCAAGUCCGCCCGCCACCGCCAGGCCCUCGAGUACAACGACGCCCUCGUCCGCCGCUACGGACACAUGCCCGAGAUUGCCCGCAUCAAGCGCCACCGCCACACUCCCAAGGUCGUCAAGAAGGCUGGCGAGAUCAAGAACGAGGAGCUCAAGUCCAUCAAGCGCCGCGAGGAGAACGAGCGGAAGCACUCGAGCAAGCAGUUCCAGGCCCGGAAAAGCGAGAGAGAAAAGAUGGUCCUCGCUCGAGAAAAGUAA